UUUCAUUUAUAUAAUUUAAGGAAAAUUGUAAUGAUUUAAUUUGUGUUCUGUUUGCAGAACAGAGUGUUCUGAAAGUCAACACAAAGUAGAAGAGCCUUAAGCUGAAGGUACAGUAUAUUAUUUACGCUGAAGGAGCUCGUGUGUGGAAUAGAACGCCCUGACAGCUCAAAUGGAUCCCGUAGAACUGAGAAAUGUCAACAUCGAACCUGAUGAUGAGAGCAGUAGUGGAGAAAGUGCUCAAGGCAGCUACACUGGGAUAGGAAAUUCAGAGAAGGCAGCAAUAAGCAGUCAAUUUGCUAAUGAAGAUGCUGAAAGUCAGAAAUUCCUGACAAAUGGAUUUUUGGGGGAAAAGAAGCUGACAGAUUAUGAUGAUGAACAUCAUCCUGGAACCACCUCCUUCGGAAUGUCUUCAUUCAAUCUGAGUAAUGCCAUAAUGGGCAGUGGAAUCUUGGGCUUGUCCUACGCCAUGGCCAACACCGGAAUCAUACUUUUUAUAAUCAUGCUGCUUGCCAUGGCAAUAUUAUCACUCUAUUCAGUUCAUCUUUUAUUAAAGACAGCCAAGGAAGGAGGCUCUUUAAUUUAUGAAAAAUUAGGAGAAAAGGCAUUUGGAUGGCCUGGAAAAAUUGGAGCUUUCAUGUCCAUUACAAUGCAAAACAUCGGAGCAAUGUCAAGCUACCUCUUUAUCAUUAAAUAUGAACUGCCUGAAGUAAUCAGAGCAUUCAUGGGACUUGAAGAAAAUACUGGAGAAUGGUACCUCAAUGGCAACUACCUCGUCAUAUUUGUGUCUAUAGGAAUCAUUCUUCCGCUUUCUCUUCUUAAAAAUUUAGGUUACCUUGGUUAUACCAGUGGAUUUUCUCUUACCUGCAUGGUGUUUUUUGUCGGUGUGGUGAUUUACAAGAAAUUCCAAACACCUUGCCCUCUGCCUCUUCUGGAUCACAAUGUUGGAAAUCUGACAUUCAACAGUACACUUUCCAUGCAUGUUGUGAUGUUACCCAACAACUCUGAGGGUACUGGGGUGAACUUCAUGAUGGAUUACACCCACCAGAAUCCUGCAGAGCUGGACAAGAACCAAGCCAAGGGCUCUCUUCAUGGCAGUGGAGUAGAAUACGAAGCCCAUAAUGAUGACAAGUGUCAACCAAAGUAUUUUGUAUUCAACUCUCGGACGGCCUAUACGAUUCCUAUCCUAGCAUUUGCUUUUGUAUGCCACCCUGAAGUCCUUCCCAUCUACAGUGAACUUAAAGAUCGGUCCCGGAGGAAAAUGCAAACAGUGUCAAAUGUCUCCAUCACCGGGAUGCUCAUCAUGUACCUGCUUGCUGCCCUCUUUGGUUAUCUAACCUUCUACGGAGAAGUCGAAGAUGAAUUACUUCAUGCUUACAGCAGAGUGUACACCUUUGACACUCCUCUCAUCAUGGUACGCAUGGCAGUCCUCGUGGCAGUUACGUUAACUGUGCCCAUUGUCCUGUUCCCAAUUCGUACAUCAGUGACCACACUGUUAUUUCCCAAAAGACCCUUCAGCUGGAUAAGACAUUUCUUGAUUGCUGCCAUAAUUAUCGCACUUAAUAAUAUUCAGGUCAUACUUGUCCCAACCAUAAAAGACAUCUUUGGAUUCAUAGGGGCUUCUUCUGCCACAAUGCUGAUUUUCAUCCUUCCAGCAGCUUUUUAUAUUAGACUUGUAAAGAAAGAAUCUCUUAGGUCACCCCAAAAGGUCGGGGCUUUAAUUUUCCUGGUGAUUGGAAUCAUUUUCAUGAUUGGAAGCAUGGCCCUCAUUAUAAUGGACUGGAUAUACAAUCCUCCCAAUUCCAAGCAUCAUUAACCCAAAGAAAAAAUACUUUUUUCUACUGGAAAUGGUUGCGAGUUAUGCUCCAAAAGACAUUUGAGUUAUCUUGGUUGGAAUGUUAUUGGUAGGAAAUAACAGGAAGAUUCCAAAGACGUUUACUAGUAAUAUCACCAGGCACUGCGGAAGAGAAAACCAUCUUUUUUUUUUUUAUCAAGAAUGGCUGUUUGUGUGUUCAAAAUCUGUGGUGCACAUUUCUACCCAGGUUUUCCCAAAGCAGUGUGAGAUGAUCAAGGUGUGUUUUUGCUGCUGGUCAAGCAGAAUAAGGGUAGC